CAGCUCUCCACGGCAAUGACCUUUAAAAAAAUCAAAUCUCUGGCCCCUUUCCUCUUCUCCAACCCUUUUCUGUUGCUUCUGCAGGGAGAAAACGUCACCAACGCUCACGAGAUGCAGCCCAACGCUGUGACGUGGGGGAUCUUUCCGGGCAGAGAGAUCAUCCAGCCCACAGUGGUGGACCCAGUUAGUUUCAUGUACUGGAAGGACGAGGCCUUUGCCUUGUGGAUCGAGCAGUGGGCGAAGCUGUACGAAGAAGAAUCACCUUCUCGCAUGAUCAUCCAGUACAUUCACGACAACUAUUACCUGGUCAACCUGGUGGACAACGACUUCCCCAUAGAGAGUUGCCUCUGGCAGGUUUUGGAGGACACCUACAAACAGUUGAACAGUCCAGGAGAGGAGCAGAGGACCUCCGGGCUUUGAAACGGGGCUCCACAGCUCUCAACUCCAUCUCAACUCAUGGCAGCUAAGAAACCCAGGAGAAUCCUCCUGCUGGCUUUCCCACUUAAAAAAAAACAAAACACUUUGUGAUGACCGGUGCUCUAAACCGGUGGCCCCCAGUUUUUGUAGCUUGGCGGCCCGGCCUGGCCAUGUGUGUGUGUGUGUGUGCGAGUGCAAGUGGCAGGCACACGCAUGCAGCUCCAUUUGUGCGAGCGGUGCGUGCGUGCGCCCUCAUGCAAAUGGAGCUUCGUGCACGAGUUUGGGUGGGGGGUGCUUGUGCUGGUGUGCAAAGCUCCCUUCACACAAAUGGAGCUUUGCACGCGAGGGUUAGUGCCCUCCGCUCGUGGGAGCGGAGCUUCGUGUGCGUUUGUGUGCGCUUCCCUGUCGCUUUGCAAAUGGAGCUUCACACGGCCCGGCUUUGAACAAAACUGAGGGCCGGUAGUGGGCCACAUGGCCCCAGGGAUUGGGGACCCUGGUCUAAACUUCCUGAAGAGCAGCACGGCCAACUUGGCUGAGACUUGCAAGCCGCCCCCUUUUCUAGUUCACCCCCUUCCCACACCCCACCCCUAUUUAUUUUGAUUGUUGUAAGAGGCAGACCCCGAGAACUCCCUCCCACCUUUUGUUUCAGGGGAAUGGCAGUCAGUGGAACCUUUGUAAAGGAAGGAAAAAUGGAAUAAAAUGACUUUUAACACAGGA